AUGUACCACCAACCCGUGCUGAAAAACAGACAGACUCUACUGGAGCGAGCGGAGAAGUUUAUCUCCGAUAUAUAUUUCACAGACUGCAAUCUUAGAGGAAGGUUUGGAGACACUCAUCCGCUUGAAUCCAUCUCUGUGUUCCUGUCGGAGAAGCGUAUUCCUUAUUCAGAAGCUGUCCAACAAAACUUCCAGCCAUGUAAAGUUGGUGACACAUUCGGGCCCACAUGGUGGACGUGCUGGUUCAAAGUGGUCUUGAAGAUCCCCGAGGCCUGGAGAGGGAAGGAGGUGCACCUGAGAUGGGAGAGCGAUGGAGAGGGAAUGGUGUGGUGGGAUCAACAACCAGUCCAGGGUUUGACCAAAGAAGGUGAGAAGACCAGUUAUGUUCUGACCGAGUGCUUGAAGGACAGUGAACCUCAUGGCAUUACCCUGUACGUGGAACUUGCAUGUAAUGGACUUUUUGGAGCCGGGCAAGGUUCCAUGAUCGCUGCCCCCGAUCCAAACAGGAAGUUCACUCUCCAGAAGGCAGAGCUUGUUGUUUUCAAUCGAGACGUCAGAGAGCUUCUCACUGACUUUGAGAUGCUAGUGGAUAUUGUCAAGAUACUAGGAGAAGGAGAGCAGCGCGGGUUCCAGGCCUUGUUUACAGCCAAUGAGACUUCAUUUAAAACUUCAUUUGCUGCUGCUCGGAGUCUAGCUCAUAAGUUUUUUGCCCAGAAAAAUGGGGAGAGUCAACACGUGGUGCAUGCCAUGGGUCACUGCCAUAUUGACUCGGCUUGGCUGUGGCCAUAUGAAGAGACAAUCAGGAAGUGUGCUCGCAGCUGGGUCACUGUGAUCAGACUGAUGGAGAAGAACCCAGAGUUUGUCUUUACAUGCUCACAAGCACAGCAGUUCCAGUGGGUGAAGAGCUGGUACCCGAGCCUGUUCUCAGAGAUCAAGCAAUUUGUGCAGAAAGGCCAGUUUAUUCCGGUCGGAGGCACGUGGGUGGAAAUGGAUGGCAACUUGCCGUCUGGGGAAUCUAUGGUCAGUUUCUUCAAAGAUGAAUUUGGACAGUAUUGUAAAGAGUUCUGGCUGCCAGACACGUUUGGUUACUCCGCACAGCUGCCUCAAAUCAUGAAAGGAUGUGGGAUUUCUCGUUUUCUUACUCAAAAGCUAAGUUGGAACCUUGUUAACACAUUCCCGCAUAACACAUUCUUUUGGAAAGGUAUUGAUGGGUCGCAGGUUCUCACUCAUUUUCCUCGUAACUCCUAGAUGAAGGGAAAAGUGGAAGAUCUGAUUAACACGGUAAAGAACAAUAAAGACAAGGGACGAGCCAAUCACAGUGUGGUAUUGUUUGGUUUCGGAGACGGGGUUGGUGGCCCCACACAACUUAUGCUGGACCGUCUACGUGUUCGCGACACCGAUUGUCUGCCAGUGUCAAGUCCUGAUGUCCUGUUCUCUCAGCUGGAAUCAGACUCAUCCCUCCUCUGUACGUGGGUUGGCGAGCUCUUCCUUGAGCUACAUAAUGGCACUUACACCACACAAGCAAAGAUAAAAUUGGGAAACCGCCAAUGUGAAGCUUUGCUUCAUGACAUUGAGGUGGCUAGCUGUCUGGCCUUGUGUAAAAGAGUUGGCUUCAAAUACCCAGCAGCCUUGGUGAAAGUACCUAGUGUGGGCGUAGCUCAAGUCACAGAGACGGCAAAGCCUAAGGACUCCGUUUCUGUCACAAUGACGGUAGAUGGGACUAUUAUUAUGGAGAAUGGUCUUUUGAAGGCCACGAUAGACCAAACGGGUCGUUUGAUGUCUCUGCUUUUGCUUCAAGCAAACAGGGAAACCAUUUCUGAGGGUUACCUCGGGAACCAGUUUGCAUUGUUUGAUGAUGUGCCUCUGUAUUGGGAUGCCUGGGAUGUGAUGGACCACCACCUUCAGACAAGAAAGCCUGCAGUUGAGGUCAUUGAGCCUGCCAAAGUGGUGAGAUCAGGGGGACUUCAGGGCAGCGUCUCCUUCUCGCUAAGAAUUAGUGGAAAAAGCACUAUUAAACAGGAGAUUCUUCUGGAUGCUUGCUGCCCCUAUAUCAAAUUCAACACGCAGGUGAACUGGGAAGAGUCACAUAAGUUUCUGAAGGUGGAGUUCCCUGUGCAGGUGCGCAGCCCAAAUGCUUCUUAUGAGAUCCAGUUUGGACACUUGCAGAGGCCCACUCAUAGAAACACAUCCUGGGACUGGGCUCACUUUGAGGUGUGGGGACACAAAUGGGCUGAUCUGUCUGAGCAUGGCUUUGGCGUGGCUCUUCUUAAUGACUCCAAAUAUGGCUACGCGAUCCAUGAAAACAUCAUGACCUUGUCCCUAUUGCGUGCUCCAAAAGCACCAGAUGCCAAUGCAGAUAUGGGUAGUCAUAAUUUUACCUAUGCCUUGAUGCCACACACAGGACUCUUCCAGGAUGCUUCGGUUAUCCAGUACGCCUACAACCUGAACUUCCUGCUCCACGUCUUUCAUGGCGUCAUUGCUGAGCCCUGGAGUGCAUUCUCUGUAAACUGUCCUGCUGUCAUCCUGGAGACCAUAAAACAGGCAGAAAGCAGAGAGAAUGCCCUACUUAUUCGCCUCUAUGAGUCUCACGGAAGCAGCGUGACUAUGACUUUGUCAACUUCCCUUCCCAUGCAAGAAGCAUGGCAGUGAGUACAAUUAAUACUAACAAUACGUCCUGAUUCCAGUAUUCCGGUGUCGAAGACUUCCUCUGGAAUAACCUUAACGUUCAAACCCUUUCAGAUCAGAUCUCUUAAUUAUACAGUGAUCCAUUUAAUUGCAAAUCGAUUAUGA